UUUACGAAAACUUACUGUGUUGACAUUUUUAUUAUUUUUGUGGAUGACCGAGGCAAAGUUAUCACAAGACAAUAAAACUCACUUACCAGAAACGAAAAGUACACCAAAGUUAAGUGACGGUGCCGCGCUGGUGUUUGCAGAUGAAAUGAAAGUUACACUCGAGAGAUAUCUCUUCGGAAUCUGUCCGCAGAGCUUUAAGUUUCGUUGGUCUCAGAUGGCCGUCACUGUGAAGGGAAAGAACACAACCACAGUCGCCUGCGAUCCGGACACAGAUCAACAGGAUCUGGCUGGAAGAUUAGCGACACUAGCGCUACGGGCGCACUCCGCCGCUCGUUCAGAUUGCUCACGACUCGGCGCCGCGCUCGCGAACACGCUCGGCGAGCUUGCGCGCACGGCCGCCAACAGGCAAGCCAUGUCAGCUGCAGCUGUAAACGAGGCAAAUAAGAAACGAAAACUAUCAAAGAGUCAAAAGGCAAAGAUCCAAGCCAAGCAACGCACCGCGCUCGCCGUCAAGAAGAAAGCAGCAGCCGCCGCCGCGGCCGCAGCAGCCAAGAUGGCGUCUUAAACUCUUUAAAGUCAAAUAAAACACGAAAUAUAACCAAUCACUUGAUAUUUUAAUUUUUAAAAACCAUUAGUAUGUUUUCCUACAUUUUAUAUUACUUAAUA